AUGUCAGAUAAUUUGGUCAAGAAGUCAGAGGUCAGGUUCUGGCAUACAACUUGUUCUGAAUAUCCAGUAUCUGAUGUUGAAUCUACUGAAAAGAAGCAGACCUUUGAGAAUUCACAGCCUGUAAAUGAGGGGGAAAAUCAACAGCAGCAAAAUAUGAAGGGGGAAAUGGUAGCAUUUUCAUCCAGAUUACAGACUCAAAGUGAUGCUGAAAAGUUAAAAAACUGUUAUGAUAAUCAAAAAGAGAAAUUAAAAAGACAGAUCAAUAUAUAUGUGAGAAAAAAAUCCCAGGAAUGUAACAUUUGUAUGAAAACUUUCAAAUAUACAUGUUAUUUAAAGACACACAUGAGGACACAUACAGGUGAUAAACCUUACAAAUGUGACAUUUGUGAGAAGGCGUUCAACCAAUUAGGUAACUUACAGACACAUAUGAGGAUACAUACAGGUGAUAAACCUUAUAAAUGUGAUGUGUGUGAAAAGGCAUUCACUGUAUCAGGACACUUAAAGAAACACAUGAGGACACAUACUGGUGGGAAACCUCAAUGUGAUGUGUGUGGGAGAUCAUUCUUUGAUUCAGGUAGCUUACGGAAACACAUAAAGACACAUACUGGUCAAAAACCUUAUAAGUGUGAUUUGUGUCAAAGAGCAUAUUCUGAAAAAACAUACUUAAAUAGACACAUGAAAAUGCACACAGGUGUUACACCUUAUAAAUGUCAAGUAUGUGGAAAGGCCUCUUCUACACCAGGAAACCUACAAGUACACAUGAGGAUACAUACUGGAGAAAAACCUUUUCAAUGCGAUGUUUGUGGAAUGGCCUUCACUCUAUCACAUGCAUUACAGAAUCACACGAGGAUACAUACAGGUGAUAAACCUUAUAAAUGUGAGGUAUGUGGGCAAACAUUCAGGCAGUCAGGUACCUUGCAAAGACACAUGUUAACACAUAGAGAUGAUAAGAAUUGUAAUCUUUGUGGGAAGGCAUUCAACAAAAGAAGCUUUCAAAGACACUUAAGGAUGCAUACUGAUGAACCUUAUAAAUGUGAUGUGUGUGGAAAGGCAUUCAAGCAAAUACCUAAGUUAAAGAGACAUAUGAUAACACAUACGGGUGAUAAAUCUUACAAAUGUGAUUUAUGUGGGAAGGAUUCUGCUUCAUCUGAUGACUUAAAGAAACACCUGAGGACACAUACAGGUGAUAAACCUUAUAAAUGUAAAGUGUGUUUGAAGGCAUUCAACCAAUCAGGAAACUUUAAGAAACACAUGAGGACACAUACAGGUGAUAAACCUUAUAAAUGUAGUUUGUGUUUGAAGGCAUUCAACCAAUUAUGUAACUUCAAGAGACACAUGAGGACACAUACAGGUGAUAAACCUUAUAAAUGUGAUUUGUGUGGGCGGGCAUUUACACAGUUAGGUAGCUUACAGAGACAUUUGAGGAUACACACAGGUGAGAACCUUUAUGAAUGUGAAUUGUGCAAGAAGGCUUACACGUCAUUGUUUAACUUACAAAGACACAGAACACAUACAGAAGUCUGUGGGAAUGUUUUUGCUAUAUGAGAAAGUAAGAGGUCAGUGGGAAGCUGUUUGCUAAAUCUGGAAACUUGGAGAAGAAAUACGUGUAGAAAAACGCAAAUGAAAAAUUCAAAGUGAAAAAUACCAAUUGUGAUGUGUAUAGAUAGUUUUUAAUGUCCAAGUAUACUAAGGGAAACAUAAAGGUUGAAAGCCACAUACUUGUAAUGCAUGUAAGAAAUCAGUUUAAGAUUCACAAGUGGAUAAGCAUCAAACAAAAUGUGAUUUGUUUCAGAUAGGUUAUAGGUAAACUGAUAGAAGAGAAAGCUUACCGAUUUUGCACUUAAAUGAAUGUAAAGAAUGUAUGAAAAUGUUAAAACCAACGAAAAGUUUAUAUGUGCAGGAAUUUGUUACAUGGAAUUGGUCGAACAAACCAGAGAAAAUACCAUCAUGGGCAAUUCUUGUCUGCAUAGUAGUUCUUUACUAUUGUAGAAAACCCGGUAUUCACAAAGAUCACGCUUCAAACAUGUGGGAUAUCUUCCAUAAAAUUAAUUGACUAUUUCCAUUCAUGAUUUCUUAAAAGCUCUAAUUUUGUACUGAAAAUGCACAUUCAUCAAGUUCAUGAUGAAUGAAUAAGUGUUAAAUUAGCUUCUUGUAUUUGGUUUAUGUUUGACGUAAAUGAGUUGAUUUAUAUUCUGUACAGUUUGUUGUC